AUGGUGGCCGCUCGCCUCCCCCUCGCGCUGCUACUACUCUCCGUGUGCCUCUGCUCCGCGUGGGCGCGCACACGCCUCGAGCCGACAAUCCGCCUCCCGUCCGAGCUCGCGGCGGCGGCGGCCGGCGACGAAACGGACGACGCCGUCGGGACACGGUGGGCCGUGCUCGUCGCCGGCUCCAGCGGCUACUACAACUACCGCCACCAGGCAGACAUCUGCCAUGCGUACCAGAUCAUGAAGAAGGGAGGACUCAAGGACGAGAACAUCAUUGUCUUCAUGUACGAUGACAUCGCGCAUAGCGCGGAGAAUCCGAGGCCUGGUGUCAUCAUCAACCAUCCCCAGGGUGGCGAUGUCUAUGCUGGGGUUCCAAAGGAUUACACUGGGCGAGAGGUCAGUGUCAACAAUUUCUUCGCUGUUCUGCUUGGCAACAAAACUGCUCUGACAGGUGGGAGCGGCAAGGUUGUGGACAGUGGCCCCAAUGAUCAUAUCUUUGUUUUCUACAGUGACCAUGGAGGUCCUGGUGUCCUUGGAAUGCCUACAUAUCCAUAUCUCUACGGUGAUGACCUCGUAGAUGUCCUGAAGAAGAAGCAUGCUGCUGGGACCUACAAAAGCCUGGUCUUUUACCUUGAAGCAUGCGAAUCUGGGAGCAUCUUUGAGGGCCUCCUGCCAGAUGACAUCAAUGUGUAUGCGACCACCGCGUCAAAUGCAGAGGAGAGCAGCUGGGGGACGUACUGCCCUGGCGAGUUCCCGAGCCCUCCACCGGAGUAUGACACUUGCUUGGGAGACCUGUAUAGUGUUUCUUGGAUGGAAGACAGUGAUUUCCACAAUCUGCGAACUGAAUCUCUCAAGCAGCAGUACAAGUUGGUCAAGGAUAGGACAGCGGUUCAGGAUACAUUCAGCUAUGGUUCCCAUGUGAUGCAAUAUGGCUCAUUGGAGUUGAAUGUUCAGAAAUUGUUUUCAUACAUUGGCACAAACCCUGCUAACGAUGGCAACACGUUUGUAGAAGAUAACUCAUUGCCAUCAUUUUCAAAAGCUGUUAAUCAGCGUGAUGCUGAUCUUGUCUACUUCUGGCAGAAGUACCGGAAAUUGGCUGAUGGCUCAUCUAAGAAAAAUGAAGCUCGGAAGGAAUUGCUUGAAGUGAUGUCCCACCGGUCUCAUGUUGACAACAGUGUUGAGCUCAUUGGAAGCCUUCUCUUUGGCUCUGAGGACGGUCCAAGGGUUCUGAAAGCCGUCCGUGCAGCUGGUGAACCUCUGGUUGAUGAUUGGAGUUGUCUCAAGUCCAUGGUUCGUACUUUUGAGGCGCAAUGUGGGUCGUUGGCGCAGUAUGGGAUGAAGCACAUGAGAUCCUUCGCAAACAUCUGCAACGCUGGCAUCCUUCCUGAAGCAGUGUCAAAGGUCGCCGCUCAGGCUUGCACCAGCAUUCCUUCCAACCCCUGGAGCUCUAUCGACAAGGUAUGGGUUUUGGUGUGUGGCUUCCCUCACUGGGCUAGGAAGGAAAAAGCUGUAGAAGAGGCGUCAUAUUUGGUUGGGGACUUCAUAGAGGUGGAUCCAAAAUCUCUUCCAGGCCUAGGGCCAAUCAGACUGAAGGUAGCCUGCAAAGAUCCUGCUGCUAUCAAAGGGUCUUCCAAGGUGUAUUUCAAUGGAAGAGGUUUCUUCAUCAUCUGGAAUUUGGAAAAUGAGAAGAAUGAAAGAAAGUCAAUUCCAACUGAAAAAACAGGGAAGAAAAAGGAUGAGGACUCUUGGGAUGAUGAUGAAAUAUCUGAUAACUACACCCCAUUUGGCGAUGGAGGGCCUAAACAGGGGGAGAAGAGAGCUGGCAAGCAACAGAACAUGGAGGUUGAACCAGUGCAAGCUUCAUUACUUGAUGACAAGCCUGAAUUACUGGAACAGGGAACAACAUCUGAGCUUCAGGUGAACACCAAAAGUGCUAUGGUCACUCAUCCAGAGGUGACAACAUCUGAUGAUGUAGUGAUGGAAACAGAAAAUGCUAUAUCCCAGGAAGUUGCAACAAUGUAG